AUGUCCGGCUCUGCGAGAACUGGAAAGUAUUCAGAUACAACAAAACAAACCCAUCAUAGUGCUAUGCAGAAAACAUCAGAGCAUCGAGAUCCAAAGGAAACUUCAGAUUCCGUAUUAGCACCAAUCAAUUAUAUCGCGAAUCUGUCAAAGUAUCGAAACGAAGUUCCUUACUACCUGUUAGGCGUACAAACAACCCCCGAAGUGCCGGAAACCAAUAUCGAGUUCAUCAGUAAAGAUGUCCUGAUAAAGGACAUACGCAUGCACACAGAACAAAUCAAUAUCGAAGAUAAUGCUUUUCAACUUUUCAACUGGCCAUAUAUUGGCAUACGAGCAGAAUGUAGCUAUGAAGAGGUGAACGAGUACUGCAAAGACAUGUCGACUUUGCUUGCCAAAGAGUUGGAGGCCGAAAAAUUUCGCAACAGCGAUCCACAAUCGAUUGUCUCUAAGUCUCCAGAUCCUUUAAGAAGUAGGGUUAGCCCUGCAAAAGACUUCCUCGAAAAUCCGAUUUGUAAAGCUCAUGUUGAUCAAACCGAGACAGGCGGAUUACGACGCCUGAGAUUGCAUUUGACUGACUUCGAAUACCGCGAGUACGUGCUAUCUGGAAGGUAUCGAGUUCGAAUUGUCAAUGAACGGCAUGAGUGGUUCUGGGCAAGCAACAUGGUCCCCGAGGAGGUGAUGGUGUUCACGACCUGGGAUUCAAAGAAGGCGGAAAAAGCAACAAACUGUAUACGCUCCCACGUUACAACAUGA